AUGGCUCUCAACGAUUGUUGCAUCUGGGGUUGUGCAAAAGCUCCUCAAUUGGGCAUGGCAAAUUUUCAUCCUGAUAGUUCUAGACUGAGUGUGAAUUUAAAACAAGGAACUGAGAAAUGGUGCAAGAGGGAAUGUUGCUGUUUGCGUGCUGUGAGUGGUUUUGAGUCUUCUGGGGAUGCUGACAGAAUCAGGGUUCAGCCAAGUGUGUUGUUGGAGGGGUUUCACAAGGAUGCUAACAUUAUUAACAAGCAAUUACGUGGUAAUGAUCUUUGUUCAAGUGAUAGGUCAAAGUUGCGCGUUGCUUAUAAGGGUCUUCCAGGAGCAUAUGGUGAGGAUGCUGCUUUGAAAGCGUAUCCAAAUUGUGAGACAGUUCCAUGUCUUGACUUUGAGACAGCAUUCAAGUGUGUUGAAUCAUGGUUGGUGGAUAAAGCUGUUGUUCCAAUCGAAAGUUGUAUUGCUGGAAGCAUCCACCGUAAUUAUGACUUACUUAUACGCCACAACCUACACAUUGUUGGGGAGCUUCAUUUGCUAAUUAAACACUGUCUUUUGGGACACAAAGGUGUCAGAAAAGAACACCUCACAUCUGUAAUCAGUCAUCCGCAGGCUCUUGUUCAAUGUGAGACUAUGCUUACUGAUUUAGGUGUUACCAACAUUGCUGUAGAUGACACUGCUGCAGCUGCUAGGGCUGUGGCCUUAGACGGAAGAAGGGACAUUGGAGCUAUUGCAAGUUCAAGGGCAGCACAACUAUAUGGCCUCCACAUUCUAGCUGAAGCAAUCCAGGAUGAUGAUGUUAAUGUUACUCGCUUUCUGAUACUUGCAAGGGAUCCUAUAAUUCCAGGAACAGACAGGCCCUAUAAGACUAGCAUUGUUUUCAGUCUAGACGAAGAUCCUAGUGUACUAUUCAGAGCCCUGGGAGCAUUUGCCUUGAGGAACAUUAAUUUGUCAAAGAUAGAGAGCCGCCCGCUGAAGCAUUGUCCAUUAAGUGCUGUUGAUGAUUCAAAAGAAGGAAGUGCUGAGUCCUUUAAGUACCUUUUAUACAUUGAUUUUGAAGCAUCUUUGGCAGAUCCUUGUGCACGAUACGCUUUAGAAAAUUUGCAGGAAUGUACUAGAUUUUUUCGUAUUCUCGGUUGUUAUCCAGUGGAUAAAACAGAUACAACUGCUUCAUCUUGA